AACUGCCAUGGGUUAGGGUGGGGGCCGCGAGUCGCGUGAAGGACCAGCCCUGCGCAUCCGCCGGGGGGCGCGGAGCCCGAACGCCGCUCGCUGCGCGCGGGCGCCGGGCAUGGGGAGCGCGGUGUGAGCCCGCACCCGGGGAGGACGCUGGAGCUGCGGAGACGGGCGCGAGGAGGAGGACGAGGAGAGGAGCCGUGGAUUGGAAGGACCCGAGGGAGGGAGAGCAGGGAGGGUGGGGAAGCGAGGGAAAAGUGCAGCUGGGAGGAGAAGGCGGCGGAAGGUGGGGAUUGAUGCUUCUGUUUUUUGUUGCCGCUGCUGCCCUCGCGCUGGGAGCCGAGCCGGAGGGAAGGCGGUGGAGAGAUGAUUGCAGAGUUGGUGAGCAGCGCUCUGGGGCUCGCCUUGUAUCUCAACACGCUGAGUGCGGAUUUCUGCUAUGAUGACAGCCGUGCUAUCAAGACUAAUCAGGAUCUUCUCCCAGAAACUCCAUGGACGCACAUUUUCUACAAUGAUUUUUGGGGGACUCUCCUAACCCACAGUGGCAGCCACAAGUCCUACCGGCCACUCUGCACUCUUUCUUUUCGCCUGAACCAUGCCAUUGGAGGGUUGAAUCCCUGGAGCUACCAUCUUGUCAAUGUCCUGUUGCAUGCAGCAGUCACUGGCCUCUUCACAAGCUUCUCCAGGAUCCUCCUUGGUGAUGGAUACUGGACCUUCAUGGCUGGCUUGAUGUUUGCCUCUCACCCCAUUCACACGGAGGCAGUGGCGGGAAUCGUGGGCCGAGCUGAUGUCGGGGCCAGUCUUUUCUUUCUUCUCUCCUUGCUCUGCUACAUUAAACACUGUUCUACAAGAGGCUACUCAGCCAGGACUUGGGGCUGGUUCCUGGGGACGGGACUGUGCGCAGGAUGCAGUAUGUUGUGGAAGGAACAAGGAGUGACUGUUCUCGCAGUUUCAGCCGUUUAUGAUGUCUUUGUCUUUCACAAGCUGAAAAUGAAACAGAUCUUACCUACCAUUUACAAAAGGAAGAACUUGUCUCUUUUCCUCAGCAUUAGCUUGUUAACUUUCUGGGGGACCUCCCUUUUGGGUGCCCGGUUAUACUGGAUGGGAAACAAACCACCGAGCUUUUCCAACUCUGACAACCCAGCUGCCGACUCGGACAGCCUCCUGGCUCGCACGCUCACCUUCUCCUACUUGCCAACCAAGAACCUCUGGCUGCUGCUAUGCCCGGACACCCUCAGUUUUGAUUGGUCAAUGGAUGCUGUGCCUCUGCUCAAAACAAUUUGUGACUGGAGAAACCUACACACUGUGGCCUUCUAUACUGGACUCCUCCUCCUGGCCUACUACGGUUUGAAGAGCCCAAGCGUGGAACGAGUAUGCAAUGGGAAAGCUGUCACAAAUGGCAGGCAGAAUGCAAAUGGACAUAGCUGCCCUUCAGAGGUGGAGUACCGGAACUCAGAGAUUAAACCCAGCUUUGCAUCCAAAGUAGAAAAUGGCAUUAAAAAUAAUGCAUCCCAGAGAACACAACUUCCUUCUACCGAGAACAUUGUUGUUCUGUCUUUGUCUUUGUUAAUAAUACCGUUUGUUCCUGCCACGAACCUGUUUUUCUAUGUCGGCUUUGUAAUUGCAGAGCGAGUAUUAUAUAUUCCUAGUAUGGGCUUCUGCCUCCUGAUUACAGUGGGUGCCAGAGCCCUUUAUGUCAAAGUCCAAAAGCGGUUUCUCAAGAGCUUGAUUUUUUAUGCUACAGCUACAUUAAUUGUUUUCUAUGGACUCAAGACCGUGAUCAGGAAUGGAGACUGGCAGAAUGAGGAAAUGCUCUAUAGGUCAGGGAUAAAAGUAAACCCAGCUAAAGCAUGGGGUAACCUUGGAAAUGUUCUCAAGAGUCAGAGCAAAAUUUCUGAAGCUGAAAGUGCCUACAGAAAUGCUUUGUACUACCGCAGCAACAUGGCUGACAUGCUUUAUAAUUUAGGGUUACUUCUACAGGAGAACAGCAGGUUUGCAGAAGCAUUGCAUUAUUAUAAAUUGGCCAUCGGGAGCAGGCCUACCCUGGCUUCUGCAUAUUUGAACACUGGUAUUAUUCUAAUGAACCAAGGAAAAACUGAGGAAGCCCGUCGUACGUUCCUAAAGUGUUCUGAAAUCCCGGAUGAAAACCUAAAAGACCCUCAUGCACACAAGAGCUCUGUUACCAGCUGUCUGUACAACAUGGGAAAACUCUAUCAUGAGCAGGGACACUAUGAGGGAUCACUGAUGGACUAUGAUGUCUGGCUAGAUUUAGUCUGUGAAUAUUCACUUUCUUCAUGUGUCAUUCACUUACCUCUUCAUAACCACUACCCACAAGCACUUGUACGUGAAGCGUACAUGCGAUUAAGCAAACUCCCUGAAGCAGAACAUUGGUAUAUGGAAUCAUUGAGGUCCAAGACUGACCACAUCCCUGCUCAUCUUACCUAUGGGAAACUGCUAGCUCUUACAGGUCGUAAGAGUGAGGCUGAAAAGUUCUUCUUGAAGGCUAUUGAGCUGGAUCCCACCAAAGGAAACUGUUACAUGCAUUAUGGUCAGUUUCUUCUGGAAGAUGCUCGCCUCAUAGAAGCAGCUGAGAUGGCAAAAAAAGCAGCUGAACUAGACAGCACAGAGUUCGAUGUUGUCUUCAAUGCUGCCCACAUGCUCAGACAGGCUAGCCUCAACGAAGCAGCAGAGAAGUAUUAUGAUCUGGCAGCCAAGCUAAGGCCUAAUUAUCCAGCUGCUCUAAUGAACCUGGGAGCCAUCCUGCACCUCAAUGGCAGACUCCAGAAGGCCGAGGCCAACUACCUGCGGGCGCUGCAGCUCAAGCCGGAUGACGUCAUCACACAGUCCAAUCUCCGCAAACUCUGGAACAUCAUGGAAAAGCAAGGCUUAAAGACUUCCAAGACCUGACACAGGACAGAACUUCACCCUCCUCCGUUUUUAAAAGCCGGCUUCAUUAACAGAACUUCCCAGCGGUGUUAUGACAAGAGCUCGUUUUGUACUUCUUGAGAUCAGGGCAGAGGUCACUGAGGUCACUGUCACUUCUGGGAGAAUCCACUUUGCUGUUGGCACAGCCAUUAACACCAAAAGGGGAAUGUUGGAAACCUCCUGGAGGAUGUAAUUGUUACCCAUAGACUGCAAACCAGAGCACUUAAAACAGGAUCUUCUGGCAUUCUUAAAAGGGAAGGGGGUUGUUUAAGUUACAGAUUUUGUUAAUUUUUGAAAGCUAAUUUCAAAAUUAUAUUGUUUCUUAAACACUGUGAGAGGAAGUCAGAAGGCCCAUUCAGCCAAGGUAAACUAUUAAGUGUUAAUAGGGAGUGAUUGUGUGAAUCCCAGUGAGCCACUGGUUGUCCUAACGCUGCUGUCUUCCCUCUUUGGGACAGCCUGCUUGUCAAUUUCUGAAGCUUAGAAAACAUUUUUUUUUUAAUGCUGUGUCAGGAUCUGUCAGAAUCUGCAUUUGUUUUUUGACUAGUGCACAUAACGUUUCAUGAUUUGGAUGUCACAGGCUUCACUUUUUUGAACAUCAUUUGUUUUUCAUGUUCUGAAAAGGAAAUGGAAAGUAGAGCUUACCACACUUGACACUGGUGUCAUGAGGGGGGUUGGGGAGGUCUUAUAUGUGUCAGGCAGGCAUUUUUUAUUUUAAGAUUGCCAAGUGUUUCCCCAAAACUGCCUAGUAGGUUUCAUUGUAGUAAUUCUUUUGAAAUUACCUUUUAAAAUGGCUAUUUGUGGUUAAUGCUCAUGCUUACAUAACGAUAAGGGAAAGGAAAGUUUAUAAGUGUUACAGUUCCAAUAACUGACCAACAGCUAUUAGACAAAAGGGAAGGUGCUUUGUGCUUCUUAGAUGUUACCGUUUUAAAAAAAUCAAGUCUACGCGAAAGAGUGUAUGAUGAUGGUUGCCAAUGACUUUGUGUUUUGGAAAGAGUGAGUAUGAAAUGCUAAUCACUUUCUGAUAGGUACCUAAAUAGUAAUGCUGAUAAGUUUUCAAGGAAUUAUUUUUAUCUUAUUUUGCUCUUCCCAAAAGAUGUCAAAAAGGACUUAUAAGCUGCAAUCGAGUGUAGCAUUAGCCUGCGUGUGUCAGAUAUUCUGCCAAGUGUUUUUCUCAGUUGAAAACUAUUUUUCAUUACCAAAUUUGGUAUUUUCUUUUGAUACCUGUUAGUAACCACUUCAAUGAUCAUUUCAUGAGUAAAAGGCUGUAAAUGAAGUAGAAAAACACAUUCAUUGAACAAUUUUUGGCUUGCAGUCAAACUGUGCUACUAAAACUUAACUUCAUAAAAUACCAGUCCAUUAGCAACUUCUUCAUAGUGAAAGUAGCUAUAUUAUACCAUACAUAUUUAUUUAUUUAUUAUUCUAUCAUAGCAGAAUAACAAAAUAAAACUUGAUGCAUUAAGCCAAUUCUUUGCAACUGAAAAUUAGCUUCUUCAUUUUCCCUUUCACACUUCAUGUAUAUAUGAUCAGCAUCCCCAUUAAAGGGAAGCCUGACAUGCAAACACAUCAUACUAUGUUUUCUCCAUAUUUUAUAUGUUUUGUUACAUAUCUGAAUACAGUGGAAUAAAGAAUUAAAAGUAGUGUUCAUAUGGUAUUAGUGUUUUUGUGAGAAGAGCAAAUGUAGUGAAAAAUUUUUGGAUGGCAUUGAAGAAGGCCCUACUAUAAUAUGUAUAUUAUUUUGUAAACAUUUCAUUGAAGGGCCAGCAGUUAAAUUAUAACUAAAUCGCUGUGUUUUCAGAAUGAUAUUUAACAUUUAACAACAACAAACCCAUGGUCAAACCAAAACAGUGGGUUGAAGAGUACUUUUCAUGUUCUAGUGCAUUGGCAAUUGCAAAAAAAAAAAAAAAAAAAGGAAUUUAAUAUAAGGUUAUAGAGAUGAAUUCAGUGUCUAACAUUUUUAUUUAUUUAAAUAGUUAUUGACCUAUGAUGACUUCCUAGUCUUAACAUUAUAUGUCUUUUUAUUGUUGUUAUUCUUUCUUUCAAACAUUUGGUUCUUAAUAGGUUCACUAAAUGCACAGUAGAGGCACUUCAUGUUGACCCAGGUCCCAAGUAGCAUUAAUAAUUGGGUCUGUGUCAUAAAAUGCAUGGAUCUUUAAUAACUAAAUGUCCCUGACACUUUUCACUACAGGGCUGGAUUUAGUGGCUGACCAACUCGUGGGGGAGGGGUGGGGGGCUGUUAGAACAUGAUCAAAAAAUGUCUCCGCUCAGGGAUUUAUGGGGGAUUAUUGCAGACAGUGCUAAAAAUAUAGAGCACAAGACAAGUUUACUAAAUUAAAAUUUUAUUUUUGAGAAACUGUUAUUUGUAUAAAUUAUCAAGAUUUGUAGGCUUUCCUUUUGUAGAAAUAAUUGUUUUAUGUGCCAGAGAAUUUCAAUUUUGUUUUCAACAAUAAAGCAUUGAUAACAAAUA